CCCACAGACAUCAGGCUGCUGCAUACACUCCACUGGCAGCUCUGAGCACAGGCACAGAAUACCACAGCUCCAGCACUACACACUCCACUGAAGGUUGGUGUCCAGGAUGGCGGGGAAGGAGCAGCAGUUCACGGAGGAGAAGCCUCUGCUGCCGGAGCAGAGAGGAGCCGACUCGGACAUGACAGAAAAAGGAGAGGAUGCAUCGGGGGGCCAAGCGCACCCCAGCCCUGCGCCCCUUAACCCCCCUCCCCCCAGCCGCCCCACUCACCGCUGGCAUGCCUUCGCACGGCACUGGCUCCGCCAGACCCGCCGUCGGACCAGCGGGCCCGCCCCGGUAACUACAGAAACCAGCGCUUCACUAACAGAGCCUUGUGAGCAGCUGAUGCCACCUGGAGACUGGAAGGAACAUGAUGUGGAGACCCCUUAUGGGAUGCUGCAUGUGGUUAUCCGUGGGGCGCCCAAAGGGAACAAGCCUGCCAUCCUCACCUACCACGAUGUGGGACUGAACCACAAACUGUGCUUCAAUGCCUUCUUCAACAAUGAGGACAUGCAGGAGAUCACCAAGCACUUUGUGGUGUGCCACGUCGAUGCCCCCGGACAGCAGGUCGGAGCAUCCCAGUUUCCACAGGGGUACCAGUAUCCCACCAUGGAGCAACUGGCUGGGAUGCUGCCCACUAUAGUCCAGCACUUUGGAUUUAAAAGCAUUGUGGGGAUUGGAGUUGGUGCUGGAGCCUACGUCCUGGCCAAGUUUGCUCUGAUCUUCCCUGAUCUGGUCGAGGGGUUGGUUCUGCUCAACAUUGACCCUAAUGGCAAAGGCUGGAUCGACUGGGCUGCCUCCAAACUGUCCGGUCUGACCAGCUCACUGCCCGACACAGUGCUGCCACAUCUGUUCAGCCAGGAGGAACUUGUGAGCAACACAGAGCUGGUGCAGAGCUACAGACAACAAAUCAACAACAACAUUAACCAGUUCAACCUGCACCUCUUCUGGAACAUGUACAACAGCCGGAGGGACCUGGACAUGAAUCGUAGUGCUCUCAAUGCCAAGACUCUUAAGUGUCCGGUGAUGCUGGUCGUGGGAGAUAAUGCUCCUGCUGAGGAAGGAGUGGUUGAGUGCAAUUCCAAACUGGACCCCACCAACACCACCUUCCUCAAGAUGGCUGACUCUGGUGGACUCCCCCAGAUCACACAGCCUGCAAAGCUGACUGAAGCCUUCAAGUACUUCCUUCAGGGAAUGGGCUACAUCGCUUAUGUGAAGGAUCGGAGGUUGAGUGGAGGGCCAGUGCCCUCUGCCAGUAUGACCCGCCUGGCUCGCUCUAGGACGGCCUCUCUGACCAGUGCCAGCUCCACAGAGGGGGGUCGCUCUCGGGCCUGCACCCACUCCGACAGUACCGAGGGGGUGGGCGCGGUCACCCAAACCAUGGAGGUGUCCUGCUGAGGGGACAGUACAGCCAUAGAGCGAAGGAGGACGGAGGGGAGGGAACAGAGAGGGACAGCGGGUGGUCCCCAGUGACAGCAAAAAGCAGUGGGCUGGACAGGAACAAUCUUUAUAACCUAGAUGAAGGGAGUUAGUUACUACAAGAGGGUGUAAACAUGUUAUGGAAUUAUGGGUAUAUUAAAAAGGGUUAGUAAUAGUAAAAGCCAAAGUAGAUCAUUUUCAGGAGGUGGUUUUCUCUUUAAUUUAGUGCCAUUGAUGCCUUUUCAUAACAAUCGCCAUCUGAUAUUAUUUUUGUAAAUUUUUUGGCUUGUAACAUAAGAACCUCAAAGCUAUUUGCCAAACAUUUUAUUUCUCCAUCCAAUCAUUUAAAUAUGCUAAAUUGUGGCUUCAUCUAACUGAUAUGGAAGCUCUCAACAGAUUCAGGUUUUAGUCCAUUGCUUUUUGCUGUCAGUGGUAAUUAUUAAAAAGAGGGAACAAAAUGAAGUGUAAGCUUUGCAUAGGUCCUGUCUGUUCUUACUCAUCUCCCUCUUAUCUGGUCGUGUGCCCCCUUGGCCCCUGCCCGCUGUAUGAUACCAUAACUAUUAAUACUACAACCCCUCCAGACCUUGAAAACGGUCAUCUCGACUCCCACUUUGUGACCCAGCACUUGACAACUAGGCUAAUAUUUUAACUCUUGAAGUGUCAUACUUGUGUUUACUGAGUGUUUCCUCAUUGUUUUGCCUGCACCCUUUGACACGACUCCCCACCCCCCAAAAAUCUAAAAGUGUCAAUUUUCCCUCAUAUGUCAAAUCUAACUGCCAUUAAAUAUUAAGAGAUAUGGGUGGUUAGCAGGCACUAUGACAGUAUUUUGAGCAGAGCUUUUGUUAUUGACAUCUCUCUCUCUCUUUCUCUCGCUCUCUUGUUUACGAUUGGUGAGUAAUAGUGGGUGGGCGUGUCCAGGAUUUGACAGACAGCAGAGCACAGCCUAUCAUAGUCAAGUGCCCAGGUUUAUAGUGUGUUAAGAGGAUGUGUUAGCUGUUAGUGCCAGAGUAUAGGUAGUUCACCUCAUAUUUAAAGCUGCACUUGGUGAAAUAUAACAAAUGUAAAGUUUUGCGUUCUAGUAAUCCUUUGCACUAUUGAGUUUUUUUGUUCAUUUUUUAUUUUUUUUAUUUUACGUAAAAGUGUAAUUUUAGAAUAAUUUUAUAUUACCACACAUUCUUUCACAGAUUUACCUAUGAGCCAAAAGAACCUAAAAUAUACUUUUAACAUGUUAUAGUAUGACUUUGAAAGCAUUAUUGUCAGUAUUAAUUAAUCAUCUUGUAUAUAGCUAAUUUUGCGCUGGAAGACAAUCGAAUUUAAUGACAAUACAAUGACUAGUAGCCGGUGUAGCAUUAGACUCACUAACAGAAAGCAUGCACAAAAGCAAGGUUUUUACUAAAUUAAAAAAAAAAAAACACCGCACAUGUACACACUGUAUGGCCAUAAACCAAUGAGGAAUGUAAUAAAAUGCAUUGCUGAGUGCAGCUUUAAGCGGUGUGUCAUGUAUUCUGAAGACAAUCCACUACAUCUAAGUGUCGGCUAGAGUAAGUGUAGUGUAUAUGCAUGUGAAUGUGAGCAUAAACUUAGGUCAUUGUAGUCUGUGAGUAAGAGUAGUAUUGGCAGUGUGUUGUGUGUUAGAUAUUGGUAGGGGAUUGCUCAUUCCAACGCUGUCUCCUCUAUUUAUUGUCUCUAUGUUUACUGGAGAUUUCCGUGGUUGGAUGAUAUUCCAAUUUCAACAAAACUAGAACAAAAUCAUACAUUCAGAAAAAAAAUAAAACUGAUUGUAAACAAGAAACAGUAAAUACCACAGGAAACAGUGUUGUUCUUGUUAGCACUUUUAAUGUGGAUAGAUGCUAGAGCCAUGGUUUUUGAUGUGUAGCAGCAGUGCUUGCAUGUGGUUCUGCAGUGUGCUCUUUGUGAUCUCUUACUUGACAAUCAUGUGCCAACCCAAACUAAACUGGACCAGGGGCCAAGCCAGGAUCCCAGUGUUAAUUCUAUGUACUAGUUAUUUAACCAAGCCUUUCUUUACUGCACCUAGCCCCUUGACUAUGGAUGUACCAAAGUUAACACAUACUGCUCUUGCACCAUACUGCUAUACACACACACACACAUACACAUAAAAGCCCCCUUGCUAGUUCCAUUUCUAAUCUAUCUAGUCUGGUUAUCCUUAAAUGAAAGCAUGAUAUUGUAAGUUUCAUUGUGUGAAUGUGUAAAAAUGUUAAAUGUGCACAAAAGCCUGAUUUGUGCUGUUAAGCUUAGGUGUUUUAGCAUCGUGUGUACUUGACCUUUCGGUUUGCCAUCUUAAAUGGUGAUUUUAUGUGUAAAUGUUAACAUAAAGGAUCUAAAAAGGGGGAUAGAAUUUAGAGGGCUGGGUGCUUUAAGGAAAUGACAAAUCAGACACUUUUAUUGCUUUUGUUGUUUUGAUGUGCUACGAUAUACAGUAUAUCCAUUAUGUCAUUGGUAGAAAAUGCAUAGUUUUAGAUUAGUCUUGCUGUGCACUGCUGUCUUGGACUAGCUUUGGAUUUUGGGUCCCCCUGUAUUUUGUGCUUAGUAAUGUAUAGUCAUUAUUUACCAAAGUCACCCAUUUUUCUUGUACUGACUUUCACACAACCCUCUGUCCCCUGUGAGUUGGGGCGUAGCUUCCAAAUGCUGAGGUGUGCUCCUAUCUCUGAGGUAGCCUGUAAGAGCUGGGGCUUUUUUGGAGCCAUUUGGGCGCCAAGCUCGGAAUGUAGGGCAACUCCCAACCUCCUUAAAAGUAUACCCCUCCCUUUUAAAAAUCACAAGGUGCCCCAGUUCUCACAGGCCAACCCAGUCACACCCUAAAGGGCUAUCAGCUGAAGUCACUUUGUUAGUUUACUUAGUCUGCAAUGUGGUCGUGUUGCAGUGUUAGUGUGUCUGCACCAGGGGGCCCCAAAGAGCACAGGGUUUAGAAAAAAGUGUGAUUCAUUAAAGAAGACAGAGAAAGAGAGAGGGAGAACGAGAGAGAGAGAGAAAGAGAGAUUCUGAUAGUGGAUAAUUGAAUGUUUAUGGAAAAAGAAUGUGUUGUAGCUUGAGAGAUUAUUUCAGAUUUUUAGAUUAUACUGCUCCUAAUGUUUAAUAAUAAUAGCUUGUAACUGAGUUGCUGUCAUUUCAUAAUCCAUCUCCACUUUGAAUAAGCUAAUUUCUUCCUCAAACAAAAGCAAAACUGCCAGGGGGAUCCUGAAUGUAUUGUCCCUAUUUGAAGUGCUGUACUGUAUUGUCGACCCUCACCUUCUCAUAAACAACCUCACAUUAUGCACUUCUCUCCUUGCCUCUCAAUAUUUGGAUAUUCUACCCUAAUGCAUAACUGUUUAGUACAGGUGAUUACAUAUUUUUGUUGAAAUACUUUGUAAUACUUCCAUUUGUCACAGUUGACUCAAAACCCUAUAUGUAAACCCCUGUGUAAGUGUUCCAUAGGGGUCCGCAGAGGGACCAAUGUUUUUUGUCAUUUUGAAUGGCAUGUUGCCCACUGCCCCGUGACCACUUUUCACAGGUCAUCACAACAAACAUCUAAAUUUGUUGAUUAAAAUGGAAAGAAAUAAUGAAACCAAGUGGACAUUCACGAAGAUGGCAUAUAGGUUGCAAAUAACAUCAAAGCUAACUGUAUGCUUGUAAAAAGGCUAUACUAGACUACUGAAAAAAAGAGCUAUUCACCUUUCAUAUUUUAGUGAUGAUGAAAAGAAAUGUGUCUCUUGAAGGUGUGAAAAAAGGCAUUAUACCGAGCGAGCAUCCUGUCGCAGAAUCACUCCAGAUCUGUAGACCUCGUCCUCUUUGCACUUGUUGGUCACCCAAACUGAACACUACUGUAUUGUGAUGUACACUUUAUGUUCCUCUCCUCUUGAACUUUUAUAGCAACAGUAGGGUGUAACCUCAUAUUGAUAUACUUCUAUUGGUUAUGUGUACUACUGCUAUCACUACUGCUAUUCUUACUGCCAUUAUGAUUGAUUUAUAUUGAGCAAUAAGUUGACGUUUCAUAUUUUGGGAGUGUUCCCAAAAAGCUUGCUUCUGUUCACAAUAGUAGAGGGACUUAGUUGCUUGGUUGUUAUUCAAAUGUGUACUGUAAAGAUAUUCUAUAUAAAUACAUAGUAACUGUCUGUCUGUGUAGUAACUAAUAAAGACAUUAUGUCAAAGUCA